AUGGAGGAUAUAUUUGAAAUUUUGAUUUAAUCAAAAGACAUUGAUCAAUUUAUUUACAGUGAAAUAAUAGAAUCAUUUAAAAGAGAGAAAAUAACAAAUUGUCUAGAAUUUCUUGAAUAAGGUGAAAAUCUUUAGAAUUUUUAAUAUAUGUUUAAGUUAAACAUUUAUUAGAAUUCGAUAAUUAAAAAUAUACCUAAUAUGACGAUAACAUAAGGAAAGUUGCUAAUAUAAUCAAAAAGAUUAUUGGACAUGACUUUUACAAAAAAAAUUAUUCAACUGAGACAUACAAUCAAACGAUUGAGGAUCUAAUUACAAAAAUAUUGCCAGAAGAGGAAAUAGUUGGAUUUUUGAAAUUUUUAGUAUGCCUUACAGCUAUUGAUGAUAAAUUUAUUUAAUGUGGAUCAAAUUCACUUAACUUAUUAGUUAAAAUGAAGGCUGAUUUGAGUCAAUAAUGUUUUUAAAAUAUAAAAAUUCAAAAUACUUCAUUGAUUGGAGCUAAUUUUGAAAAAUGUAAUUUAAGAGGAUCUUAAUUUGACAACGUCGAUAUAAGUGGAAUCAAUUUAAAUAAGUCUAAAUUAUUUCAUUGCAAAUGAAAUAACUUAAAAAUACUUGAGUUAUCUAUAUUAGAUCAUCAGGGUUGUAGCAUCUUUUCAGUAUGUUUCUCACCAGAUGGUAAAGUAUUAUCAUCUAGUGGUUAAUAUAAAUCUAUUUGUUUUUGGAGUGUCAAAACAGGAAAAAAAAUCUCUUAAUUAUAAGGUCAAAAAGGUAAUAUUUUGUAAAUAUGUUUCUCACUUGACAGUACUAAAUUAACUUCUUUUAGUUCAGAUUACUCGAUACGCUUAUGGAAUGUCAAAACAGGAAAAACAAUAUCUAAAUUAAAAGGUCAUAAUGGAACUAUUUAAUCAAUAUGUUUUUCACCUGAUGGUUACACAUUAGCAUCUAGUGGUUACGAUUAGACUGUCCAUUUAUGGAAUGUUUAGACUAAAGAAUAAUAAACAAAAUUAUCUGGAACUGGUGGAACUAAAUAUUCAGUAUGUUUUUCUCCUGAUGGUACUACAUUAGCAUUUGGUAGUGUAUAUGGCUCUAUUUACUUAUGGGAUAUUAAGUAAGGUCAAUAAUAAUCUACAUUUGAGGGUCAUAAUAAUAUUGUCCAUUCUAUAUGCUUUUCUACUGAUGGCACUAAGUUAGCAUCUGGUAGUUUUGAUAAGACUAUUUGUUUAUGGGAUUUGUUAGCAGGAGAACGAAAAUUUAAAUUAGAAUGCCAUACCCAUUGGGUUAAUUAAGUCUGCUUCUCAUUUGACGGUGCUGUACUAGCAUCAUGUUGCAGAGUUAAGUCAAUCCGUUUAUGGAAUGUUGAUACUGGACGAUAAUUAUCUAAACUGGAUGGCCAUACCGAUUGGGUUUAUUCAGUCUGUUUUGCACCUGAUGAUCUUACGUUAGCGUCUGGUAGUUAUGAUCAGUCUAUCCGUUUCUGGAAUUUUAAUUUAGGACUAAAAUAUUCAAAUAUUGAUAAUCAAUAAAUUCUAGUUAAUUAGAAAGGCUUCUCACUUGAUAGUAACACAUUAAAAUCUGGUAGCUAUUAUAACGUCAUCCAUUCAAAGAAUUUUAAUUCUGAACAAUAAAAACUAUCUUCUAAAAACAGAGGGAGCUUUAAUUUAAAAAAGUGA